CCCUUUCUCUCUUGAUGUGCACCAGGAACUGUCCCGACGGCCGGCGGCACGGAGAGCUUCUCCUUUGUGCACACUGACUGGGCUCGUGGCACACUAGUUAGCCGUGUGCGCUCCCUUCUCCUCCUCCUCUUCCUCCCCGCUGCGCUUCGGCGGGAUGCUGCGUGCAGCACAGCGGAGUCCGAGCUUUGCGCUGUGCGCGGAUACGGCACCCGGCGGAGAUGCCUUCGUUUGACGUUGACCCGCUUCAACAAAAGAGAGACAAACUAAAUGAAAACAAACCGAACCUCUGCGGCGAUUAGUUCGAAUCCUGUACGUUGACUUUCUAAAACUCGGCGUUAAGUCGCUGUGACAGCAGAGAGAGAGAGAAACGGAGCCCUGCAAACAGGUGUUUCCAUCCUUUGGCUGCGCGCGGAGGUUCCCGCUCACGACUCCGUGCCCGUCCAUGUGCGCGUCCGUGUAGUUGAGACGGGACGGUGCAAAACCGCUAAAGGAGCCUUUUUUCGUGAUGCACAUUAAAUGACAGAGUUGGAGCAUGCAGCGCGCCGUGGUGAAAGUAUUUGUGCAGCGUCACGGUGGAGCGAGUGGGUUUUAUUUGGUUUUGACUCUUUUUUUCCUCGGAGAGACCACGGACAAUUCCGGAAUAACGGUCAAAUUCGCGAGAAAAUAACCAAACACGAAGAUUAAUUCGGACGCACCGCUGGGACUAUUUGACCGACUGCUCUCCCGGUUCCACUUUUGAUAUUUGACAAAGAAUUACCUCAGAUUGUCGCCGUCGCGUGCGGACGCUCCUGCUGAACUUGUUCCCAGCGCGCAGCCAAACUGGCGAUGGCUGCAGCGAUUGCCAGCUCCCUCAUACGGCAGAAAAGACAGGCGAGGGAGCGGGAGAAGACGAAUGCCUGCCGCUGCGUCAGCAGCCCCAGUAAAGCCAAGGGAAGCUGUGAAAAACCCAAUCGACUGAACGUCUUCUCCCGGGUCAAACUCUUUGGCUCCAAGAAGAGGCGAAGGAGACGACCAGAGCCCCAGCUAAAGGGGAUCGUGACAAAGCUGUACAGUCGACAAGGUUUCCACCUGCAGCUGCAGGCGGAUGGAACCAUUGAUGGAACGAAGGAGGAGGACAAUGGUUACACCGUGUUCAACCUCAUUCCAGUGGGGCUGCGAGUGGUGGCCAUCCAGGGGGUGCAAACCAAACUCUACCUGGCUAUGAACAGUGAGGGCUACCUGUACACAUCGGAACAUUUCACGCCAGAGUGCAAAUUCAAAGAGUCGGUGUUCGAGAACUACUACGUGACAUACUCCUCCAUGAUCUACCGGCAGCAGCAGUCGGGCAGGGGCUGGUACCUCGGUCUGAACAAGGAAGGAGAAAUCAUGAAGGGGAACCAUGUCAAGAAGAACAAGCCGGCAGCCCACUUCCUUCCCAAACCUCUAAAAGUGGCAAUGUACAGAGAGCCGUCCCUCCACGACCUGACGGAGUUCUCCCGGUCCGGCAGCGGCACGCCCACCAAGAGCCGCAGUGCCUCCGCCCUGCUCAACGGGGGCAGAGCCGUGAGCCAGAACGAGUCGACGUAGCCCGGCGGCCCAGAACAACUGAGGGCCUGAGGGCGAAAACCACCAAAUCUUACCUCCAGCAGAGCACGAACACAAAGCAGCAGACUCAUCUCACCCAUCGGCGGUUUCGGGACAACAAACCCACACACAGACUCGCAGACACCACCGUUCACAAAACAGUUAGAUACCAUCCCGGGUUAGUCAUCAUCAAAGGGUCAAAAGCUAUCGGCACAUCCUGAACAUGAAAAAAAUAAAAUAAACGAUGACGUUUUUGCUUUGGUUCAUCUUUCACCUCGAUGACUGCACACCAGUCAGCUCAUCUCUAUCUUCUAGUCAUUUCUCCUUUCUUUCUCCGUGGACAAUGGCGUUUCUUUGCUCAUUUAGACACCAGGCACUCGUGCAUCUGUCAGACAGGGACGGGAAGUCAGACCUCCCCUCCACCACCCCCCCCCCCCCCGGUCGUGGGCAUCCAGGGCUGCCAGUACCAGCAGCUCGGCCUGCAGGGCUGCGGCGGUAUUGGUCCGAGGGGCGCGGUCCCCGUCUCAUCCAUGCUUCACGAAGCCUAUAAACUCCCUGGUGCGGCACGGCCCCCCCCCCCCCCCCGGCCCUCCCCCGGCGCCGCUGGGCCCGUGGCCAGCCAGACGGUAGCUCUCCUGCGUCCUAGUGCACGCGCUCAGAGACUGAGCCCUCACGCAUGGGGGAAUGAAGCCUAUGUUCAGACGACCUGAAGUAUAAGGAAACAGCGUGUUUUUUUUUUUUUCGUUUCUUUUUCAGAAAUGCCACAGCUGCAACUUGGUUAUUUUGCUAAUCUAAUGAAUUAGCCACAAGCUUUUUAUUUGAUGACCGGAUUUUGUUUUUGUCCCCUCUCGUUGUCUCCCCCCAACAUUGUUCAGUAUUUGUCGGGUUUUUUUUGGAAGGGGUUCCCUCAAACCAAAGAAAAAAGGAUUUUCUUUUUCUUUUUUUUCCAUUGUACAUUUUUGAUGAAGGAAAGCGAAGAUUCUGUGUAGAAAAAAAAAGAAAUAAUGGACGAGGGAAGUGAUUUUAAACACUUUGCAGCUGGCAGCGUGCUUGAUGUUGUGCUUUUUGUUGAUAUGCCUGAUGGUCAAGGAUUGAAACCACUAAUCUGUGUUCUGUUUUCCCUUCUGUUACCACCGUGUCACAGCGUCCACGUCUCUUGUCCUCGUGAUCCGUUUCCUCCUCCUGUGCUUGUGUCACACCUCGACUCCCCUGCCGUCCUUCUCGGGGCGACCUCUAUUGACUUAUACGCUUCGCCGUAGGAAUAUGGUGCGAGCCCCCUUUCCACGAUGCUUGUUAUGUGUUUGAGUAACUUGUUGUGGUGACAAUUUUUUCUAUAUUAAAACAAACAAAAAAACAAUACUGUGGACUUUUAGGUGGCUUAACAUUUUAUAGGACAUGUCAUAUUUGUAAAAGUGAAAAAAAGAGAAAAGAACAUAGAAAAACGAACAUUUUCCCUUUCUUGCACAGGACAUGUACAAACACAAAUAUUUACAAAAAGGACCCUUUUUGUGGGCUUGGUUCUCUUCCCUUCAGCCACAUAACGUCUUUCUGAUACAUGCUCCUGGGAUGCUUUGUUUUUCUUAGUUUUCCUCCACAGGUGGUUUGUAUUAGGUGAAACUAUCUGUUGCAUGAGGGAAAGCAGGGACAUUCUGGUAUAGAUCUGCAUGAUGUAGGCUAUGUGUAUUAACCCAUGAUGGAUCAUGUGCUCCAAACUACCAGGCUAAAGCUGAUAAAAACAACACUUACGGGCAGGCUUUGUGGCUGCUUGGUAACUUCCAGUUGUUUAUUAUUUGUUGUAUACACAAAAAUGCACUGAAUAAAAUGUUUAUAUUAAGAUAUAA